CCCAGGGGUCUGGGGAGGCGACAUGUUGGGCUCUGGGAUCCCAGCGCUGGGUCUGCUUCUGCUCCUGCAGGGCUCAGCAGACGGAAAUGGAAUCCAGGGAUUCUUCUAUCCAUGGAGCUGUGAGGGUGACAUAUGGGACCGGGAGAGCUGUGGGGGCCAGGCGGCCAUCGAGAGCCCCAACCUCUGCCUGCGCCUCCGGUGCUGCUACCGUGAUGGGGUCUGCUACCACCAGCGUCCCGACGAAAACAUGCGGAGGAAGCACAUGUGGGCGCUGGGCUGGGCCUGCGGCGGUCUCCUCCUCCUGAGCUGCAGCAUCUGCUUGUUCUGGUGGGCCAAGCGCCGGGACGUGCUGCAUAUGCCUGGCUUCCUGGCGGGUCAGUGCGACCUGUCCAAGUCAGUCUCGCUGCUCUCCAAGCACCGAGGGACCAAGAAGACGCCGUCGGUGGGCAGCGCGCCGGUCGCCCUGUCCAAAGAGUCCAAGGAUGCGGAGGGGGCCACCGAGGGGGAAGGGACAGAAGAGGGUGAGGAGACGGAGGGCGAGGAAGACGAGGAUUAGGGGCGUCCCCGGGGGACUGCUCAAUACAGUUAUGGUGGACGGA